CGCUGGGAGAGGACCGCUGCUGCCGGAGAGGACGGCCGAGGAGAGGAAGCAGGGGUGCUAGGGCCAUUCGGCUGACCACAUCUGCCAAGAUCUCGACCACAUUGCUGCCUGCAGUGGUGCUGUGUGUGCGGUGCGUGCGACGAGAUGGGUGACGUGGCUGAUCCCGGGGAGAUAUUCAAUGCAAUCGACCACCACUUUGAGAGGGAGGAAUUCGAAGAAGCGCUCGCCAAGUGUAACCAAGGUGAUCAGAUCUGCCCAAAACACAUAAUCGCAAUCAAUAACAAUCUCCAUAUCGACUCCCUCCCCUUGCCGUGUGUGUGUGUGUGCGUGUGCAGUUCUGGACCUGAGCAGCGAGGAUGUGGAUGCCUUGCGCUGCAAGGCCUUCUGUCUGCUGCAGCUGUCCCGCUGGACGGCCGUGCUGGACCUCAUCGACAAGGCGCGGAAGAGCAAGAAGUUCGACCUCAAGAAGACCGACCUCGAGUUCGAGAAGGCCUACUGCCUCUACAGACUCAACCGCUUCAACGAGGCGCUGCAGGUCAUCCAGAAAGUCACCAAUGCAGGCGACUUUGACGGAGGGGAGGACGACCCCGAGCAGUGCUUCGCCAAGCUGGAGGCGCAAGUGGUGAAUAAAAGAAGAGGGAGAGAGAGUGGUGUGGUGUGCGGGAUGGGAUAUCUGCACCUGGUGCGGUUGGUGUGUGUGUGUGUGUGUGUGUGUGUGUGUCAGCGGUACCGUAUGGGCGACUACGGCAAGUGUCGGGACAUCUAUGAAGGGCUGCUCGAAGAUGAGGACAACGCACAAGACGUAAGACACACCCACCACACAAGGAAGACCCUGAUGGCACGCAUCCAGUGGUGCUCGUGCUCUCUCUCCCUGUGUGUGCAGAAGAUGCUGAUUGUCAAUCUCCUGGCCGCCUGCAUCUCCGGCAACCUCGGCGAACAGACCGCACAAGCCGUCGACAGGGCCGAGGUCAGCCGAUGACAUCGGUGUCACAUUCAUUGCUUCCGUCAUGACUGCGUCUGUCUGUCUGUCUGUGUGUAUGUCAUCCAUCCGUCCAUCAGGGUCACAUGAACGAUUCUUAUGAGGUGGCCUUCAACAUGGCGUGCACGCUCAUCGAGAAGGGUGACCUCACGGGGGCACAAGACAUCCUCAAGACAGCACAAGGUCAGUUCAGUGACUGAGGCAACACCCGGUCAGUGAUCCGUUGGACGGCAGCAUCGGAUCUGCCUGCCUAUGUUAUGUGCAUCAAUCAGAGUUGUGUCGUCGUGAGUUGGAGUCGGACGAGGACGUGCAGGCAGAGGGGGAGGAACUCGACAACCAUCCUGGUCACACACACACAGACACACACACACACGCACACACGCACACACGCACACACGCACACACACACACGAGGGAGGGGGGCAAACAGAUCAGUUCCGUGUGUCUAUCGAUCCUUUUCGUUCCUUACAAAGAGCUGGCAUCCAUCAAGGUCCAGAGCGCGUUCAUCCAGCAGAGGAAAGGUACGCACCCGACCCGCCUUCAUCCAGCCGCCUACACUACAGGAUCCUCUCCUUGUCUGUCUCUACUGUUUGUGUGUGUAGGUGACCUUGAUGGUGCGGCUCAGAUCUACAACAGUGUGUUGAGGCAGCACCGUGAGGACGAGGACCACGAGAUUGACGUCACCGUACUCGCCGUCGCACAAAACAACCUCGUCGCACUCAAGUAACAAACAGACCGAAACGAUCCGCCUGUCCACCACCCACUCCUGUCACCCUCUGUCUGAUACAUGUGUGUGUCGCUUCAGGCCAGAGGGCAAGUCUCUGUUCGACUCGCUGAAGCGCAUCAAUGUGGCCUCCAAGGAGUCCCUCGAGCACAAACUCACCACCAAACAGGCAGCCGCUAUCGCGCUCAACAAAUGCCUCGUGCUGCUGCAGGCCGGCAAGGUGCGCACAGCACGAGUGGGGUGGGACACACAGAGAGAGAGAGGCCGUGCACUGUGUGGUGUUGCUUUUGUCUCAUGCAGAUGGAGGAGUGUCGCCGCGCGUUGCAGGCCGUCCAGCCUAAGUUCUCGACACACCCCAGAUUCGCCAUCAUCAACGCGUACCUGCAGGCGCGUACUCACCGAACUAACUCGUCCAACACCCGUCCAACACCCGUCCAACACCCGUCUACCCGUUCCAUAUGUUGUAUGUCUGUCGAUCAGUAUGUUGACAAGAAGACGUCCAAGGCUGAGGAGAUUCUCCGCACGGCACUCGAGGCGGCACCCAGGGAGAAAACCAAAGAGCUUGUGGUACGCACGUAUGUCGACCCGAAGCACUUACCCAGCGACACACACACACACACACACAGACCCGGACCAUCGUGGUAUGCAUGUGGUUGUGUUGUUCUAUUUAUCAGUUGGCGUUGGUAGAGUUCAAGAUGAGCCAGAACCACUUCAGCGAGGCCGUCCAAGCCAUGAGGCAGCUACCCGAGGAGUCACUCUGGCAACCAGGUGCGGGCAAACUCACUCACUCACUCACUCACUCGCCAAGCCCUCCGAUCGAUGUGCAGUGGAUGGAUGGAUAGAUGGAUGGAUGUGUGCGUCAUCUAUCUCGUGUCAGGUUUCCUGUCUGUGGCCGUGAGUCUGUACCAGCGUGCCAAGGACAUCGAGGGCGCCGCCCAGAUGCUCGAAGGCGCCAUCCAGUACUGGGCCGACAAAAGCGUAAGCCAAGCAGGGCACACAGGCAAACUUGCUCAUCCAUCGAUCCAUCGAUCCAUCCAUCCAUCCAUCCAUGAGCUCGUGUGUGGUCUGCACAGGCCGAGGAGGCCGAGUCGACCCUCGAGAAGAUCCUCCACACAUCAGGAGGUAGGCAAGACGCGUCAUGAAGACCAGACGCACUGGAUGUGCCUCCCUUGUCGUCCGCAGAGUUGUGUGUGAAGCUCCGUCGUUGGGAGGACGCUACGCGCCACUUCAAGAUGAUACUCGAAAAGGUACACAGACACACAUAAACCGACGCGCAGCCAGUUCAUUAAUCCGACUUCUUUGGCUGCAAACCAAUUGCAGAUCGACGGCACUGACCGAAAGGCGGCCUGUGGCCUGGUUGCUGCCGCCAGCUACCAUGACGACGACCUGGCCGAGACAUACGCGGACCGACUCCCCCUGCCCGCAUCAGUGCAGCGAUUCGGUACGCACACACGACAUACAUCAUCACGGCACCUAGGCGAUGGCUGUGUGUGUGUGUGUGUUGGUCACGUCAGAUCCUGAGGAGCUGGAGUUUGCGGCCUUGCCCAAGACCUACAGGGGCAAGAAGGCCGAAUCUACGGCCGCGGCUGCUGCUGCUGCUGCGUAAGGACACUGAAAACGGGAGGGUGCACAGCGAAGGAGAGGAGAUAUCACGUUGGUGUCCGUUCCUUUGUUUGUGUCUUCUCCUCUUCUCCCUCAGUGAUGCCGAGGCGUCUGCGUCGGCGACUGAUGGCACCACGUCUGCAGCGGCGGCGAAGAGGAAGGCCGUCAAGAAGCGGAAGAGGAAAAUCAGAUACCCCAAGAACUUCGACCCUGAGAACCCUGGUGUGUGCACCCGCCCUGCCAGCACAGACCCAGGCCAGCCACUCUCCUGUCGUUUCCUCUACUAUCAGGCCCUCCGCCCGAUCCGGAGCGAUGGCUGCCGAAGCACGAAAGGUGAGAGGGGGAGGGGGGAAAGGGGGCAGGGGGAGGGGGGGCAAUCAGCCGGCACGAUCACGUGUAUUGUGUUGUGUGUGUGCAGGUCUGCUUUCAAGAAGUUGUAUCGGCGCCGCAAGGACCAGAUCAGCCGAGGGCCGCAGGGAGCCAUGCCCACUGACGCAAACCUCGCCAAACCAGCAGGUAUGCACGCCAUCCAAUCGACUGGCUUGGUGGCUGCAACCCUCCUCUCUCUGUGCUGUGGUUCGCUGCAUGGACAGGGCCGUCAACUGCGCGGACGGAGGUGGCUCAGGAGCAUACGGCACAGAGGCACAAGUGAGCAGCAGGCGGGCACCACCACGUAGCCCUCGUAUUCACUGCAUCAUUGUGUCCAUGUGUGUGCAGGGGCAAGAAGGGCAGAAAGAAGUGAUGCUUUCCCGGCAGUCACGGCGGUGGAUUUGCUUGUGUGGACUGAGGGGGAGGCACUGCUGUGCUGGUUGGUGUGUCUCUGUCUGUAAGAGGUCGUGCCGGGAGGCAUUCGUCGUAUGAAUGCAUGCACGGAGGUGUGACACGCAUUCAUAUGUGGCGCGUUUUCACCAUCGAUGACGCAGGCCAGACAGACGAGGACUGCCUGCCUCUCUUAUCUCUCUGCGCUGCGUGAGUGUGGUGGCUGAGACUCUGUGUGGCUGUGCUGGCUGUUAGACGUCAUGAAUUGAAGGGAGGUUAUUUAUUUUAUCC